AUGCAAUCUCAUCAACUCCCGAACAGAGACGAAAAGCAUUUGGCUAGGGUAUUGUCACUCAACUGCUGGGGUUUGAAAUACGUUUCCAAAUUUCGUACUCUGAGAAUAAAUGGCAUUGCAUCUAAGUUGGCUGAUCAGGGUCAUAAAUACGACAUUGUUGCUCUACAGGAGAUAUGGGUAGAGGACGAUUUCAAGGUGAUCAGAGACAGUUUAGAGCAGCAUCUGCCAUACUCUAAGCUAUACUACAGUGGCAUCCUCAGCGGUCCUGGUCUGGCAGUUUUCUCCAGAUGGCCUCUAAUCGAUGCUUCCGUGUUCAGGUACCCUUUAAAUGGACGUCCAAGUGCCUUCUUUAGAGGUGACUGGUAUGUUGGAAAGUCUGUUGCAAGUGCCAUUAUUCGCCAUCCCAGCGGUCAGAACAUCGAACUGCUCAGUUCCCAUAUGCAUGCCCCUUAUGGUGAAGGCGAUGCUGCCUAUACCUGUCAUAGAACAGCUCAAGCAUGGGAACUAGCUCGAAUAGCCAGAAGAUCCCGUGAAUGUGGUCAUCUCACUAUAGUAGUGGGUGAUUUGAAUUCCAUCCCUGGAAGUGCUAGUUACGACUUGUUACAGUUAGUAGGUCGACUCUCUGACAGUUGGACUUCUAAACAUGGCGAGUUCACUGGAGAUAUAGCUUUACUUUCAACAGAAGACCAGAUUUUGCUGGCUGGUGCAACCUGUGAUAGUGUGUAUAACACAUGGCGAGCUGACAGACAGGCUCAUGAAGCCAAAAGACUGGAUUAUAUCUUGUUUGACAGUUCGAGGGCAUAUGUAGACGAUUGUCGAGUUUCGUUUACUGAACGGGUAGAAGGGAUGAGUUUCUCCGAUCAUUUUGCCAUUGAAUCUGAUCUGAUAAUCAAACCCAUCCUAAAUCCCCACUCUGUAUCAGGUGUUGAGAAGAUUCAACCGAAUAUUUCUGAGGCCUUGCUUGUAAAUUCUGUGACUGACGACGACCUCCUUACUCUCUACAACAAAGUACUCAGCAUUAUCGACGACUAUAAGCCUACUAGCGUAUGGCAGAAAAAGAUCCGUAUCUAUCACUUUUGGCUGUCCAUCUUCAUCCUCAUAGCUCUAAUGAUCGCAGUUUUCUGGGGAGCAUUGAAGGGCAGAACAUACUUUGCAUUCAUAUUUAUUCUCCUGUCUAUUCUGGUUACAGCCACCGGACUAAUUGACGGCCUAAUAGGAUUUCUGUUCGGCCGAAACGAGACCCGUGCCCUUAUGGAGUUCGAGAGCGAGAUCCGACUCGCCAUGGCCACUCUCGGCUAG